AUGCUGUUCUGGAGGCUGGCGGUUGCGGUAUUGGUCUGUGUGCGGUAUGCGGCCUCUGUGAACAUUUCAGGUUCUGCAAUUGGUGUACCCGAGUCAGUACGGAUCUGGAGUAUCCUUCAGUUCCUACUUCGAGGAGAUGACCGCAAGAUCCUGCCGGAGCUAUAUCCGUUCGUCACACAAUUGGAAGAGUUUGAAACUGAAAACGAACAGUCAGAUUGCGAUCUGGUGCUAAGAGUAAGUGAAAUGCUAGCAACCAAGUAUGGGUUGGAUGACGUUGGCUCGCUGUUACCAAUUUAUGCUGAACUAUAUCCAAUGGGUUAUCCAGUGCGUUUUAGCGAAGCUUCGAAUGAAAACUACUUCAUAUUGAACGGGAAACGAUAUAGUAAAUCAGAUGAUGUGUUUUAUUUGCAAUCCAAAGAGCUGCAACAACAGGCGCGGGUCUCUGACUGUGAAGCUGCUUAUGACGAUGAGGUGAUUGUUGGAGUUAAUAGUCAGGCACCUGUCGUUUUGCUUUAUGGAUGCCCUGAUGAUGACGGCGAAUUUGAAGAGUUUAACCGAAACCUCUACUCCGAAGCAUCAAAUACUGGUAAGCUGAGGUAUGUAUGGCGCUCUACAUGCUCACUCAACGAAUAUAGCCUCAAAGGUGUGCCUCUUGGGUUAACGAAAAGGAGCCACAGCGACCCCUCGGUCUUACCGGCAGAGCUUCUGGGCAUACCCGCCGAGUUUGCUCAAGCUGGUCUGGCUCUCGGUGAUCUGGAAGUCAAAAAGUUGGCUGAUGUGGAUCUCAAACUGGCAUCUUUGAUAGCCGCCCACCAAUCGGGGUACAAGGACUUCCAUCGUACUUUGAGGUAUGCAAAAGGGAUCAUAAACAACUUCCCACUUUUGGCCGAGCAGUUAGCCAAUCUGCAAAUGAGCACAUCCAAGAUUUUGGAAAGUAAUGAACAACUCAACCGGGAUGGCAUAGAUUAUAACAUGCUAGGGCUUUAUAUUAAUGGUCAGAACUGGAGGUUAUCGGAGGUAGAUCGGUAUACCCUAAUCAAUGCCGUAAGUUAUGAAUAUUACGCAAUGAAGCAUUUGGGAUCUAUCUUACAAAAGUAUGAAGAUGUUGCCGGCUCCCUGACCGCAAAGAGGUUGCUUCAAGUUUUUGCUGAGAUAUCAUUGCCUAAGCUGGAACAAACUCAGCCAAUUAAGGUCGACCUCCAUAGAAUCCCCGGCUUUUCUGAAGCUGUUAUUUACUUCAAUGACAUUGAGUUGGACGGACAAUAUGAAGAUAUGGCGACCAACGUUCGAAAUUUCUUCGAAGAGUCUAAGUUUGGCGAGUUACCUGAUGUCCGACAAAACUGGAAUGAGGUGAUAUUUGCCAUCGAUUUUGGCAACCUGAAUGACGAUAAUAGCAAGAUCGCGUUGGAAGGCCUUAACCGUGCCGUCAAAGUAAUAGCUCAAGGUUAUCCGCAAAGGAUCGGACUGCUACCGCUUAAUACGGCGGCAGGCGAAGGGAUAAUACACAAGAUUUAUCAGCUGAAACAUAAAGAUCUUUCCGCACUCGCUGAGUUUUUAGAGAACAUUCCGCAGAACUUCAUCACGAGCCGCUACGAAGAAACCCCAGACUACUCGUCAGUAGUGGAAGAACUUCAAAUUCGUGAGACUUCAAUCAUAAUAAAUGGUAAUAUUUAUCCAUUCAGGAAAAAUACGUGGCAUUAUUUGAUCGCAAAAACGAUCAAGAAAGACAAAGCAUAUUUGAAAGGGGAACUGGCAAAGAUUAUGUCUUCUGAGCAAGGCCCCACCGAAAACAUAGAUGUCCGCAGUAUACUGCAUUCCAGAUCUGCAAAUACUAGGCAUCAAAAGUAUACGCCAGAUUACUUUGCUGAUGCCUCAUAUACCUCAUUAGACAAUACAAUUUUAAGAACCAUUGACGAAAGUGUUGUUGAGAUUGUCAAAGGAGAAAAAUAUGUGACUCUGCACACAGUCACUUUGGUUGAUGAUUUUAGCACUGUUAUUGCUCUAAGAAGGUUAAAGAACCUCUUGAACACAACAUUUUUCGGAGUCAGAAUCAGAAUAAUAAACAGCGGCCUACCGGGCAAGGGAAGGUGGAAUGACAUAAAGAAAGCCGUCAAAAGCCUUGAUAUGGCGAAGCUAAAUUCGUUGAUCCUAGCUUCUCAAAACAGAAGAGCGCUGUUUGCAUCAAAUCAUGAAGCGCUUGGAAAGUGGCUAGUUGAUCUGCCGUUAGAGCCAAUUACCAAAGGUGCCUUUGUUGUCGUUAAUGGGCGCUUCAUACACCUAGAGAGCGACGAAGUUCCGACAAAGCAUCAUUUCGAAGCGAUCAUCAAGAGGGAAGCACAGAGAACCCUAGACACCAUGCAAGCGCUGGAACAGGUAUUACCAGAUAUAACCAAACGGUCAAUCGAUCCGGAUUUUAUCGAGAUGGUCUCUUCGAUCUUAUCGAAGCUUUUUUUUCAUGGAACGGAUAUCUACAACAACGGCAUUGACCGUACCGCAGAGGGAACACUGUCCAGAGUGAAUCUGCAACUGAAACUUAAUGACUUGACUGUUUUCCAAAGCCGUGACGCGCCAAAACCAGUUGAUGUAACACUCUUCAUGGACCCCACAGAGGAGAGAUCACAGAAACUCGCUUCUUUGCUUCUCUUAUUGGAAAAUGUUCCUUUUGUGAACCUGCAGAUUGUUCUUCUACCGACAGAGGAGCUCAAAAUAUCACCUAUUCAUCGCGUUUAUUUAGACGGUACGGAAGAUAUCGAACUUGGCAGAGACCUGGAGCACAAUUUCCAAGUUGAAUUGGAUCCACCUUCCCAUUUUUUCAUUUCUAACACAAGCGAGCUAGACGGUAUUAUCGUCGAGGCACACGUCUUCAAAGCGGGCGAUACAAGGAGCAAAGCGAACGUUGAUGGUCUUGGGGGCGUUUGCCUUGAACUUGUCGGCAGCGACCAACGAAUCGAGGCAAGCUGCAUCACGAUGAGCACUUUUGGCUACUGUCAGUUUAUCGUCCGCUCCUUGCAGGCCGAUUAUGCUGUCAGAAGCUGCGACCCACGGUUCCGAGUCGCCUCAUUCGCAGUGAACAGCCGCCCUGACUACGUAAACUCCAGCAGUGUCGCCCUGUUGCACUUAGACAAGGUAAAAUUGCACGUUGAGGUGGAAGAAACGGGCGUUCCGGCUGAGCCACCGCAACAACAAGAGCUAAACAUCUACACUGUUCUGAAGGACAACGGACAUGACGAGGGAAAAGCGCAAAAGAUGAUAGAAACGAUCCUGGCCAAGGCACCAAAGGGUGAAACGGUCAAUUUUUGGAUCCUAGACCAGCCCUUCCUAAGCAGGUCGUUCAAACAGUUUUGCCGCCAAACCACCGACGAUCCAUCGUCGCCCGGCUCAAUACAGUUCAUCCGAUACGCAUGGCCCGCCUGGCUGCGGCCGCAGAGACUCUGCGACAAAAGACUAGAUCUUUUCAAGAUUCUAUUCGUCGACGUGAUGUUCUCGCCAGCAAUCUCCCGCAUACUGUACAUGGACCCCGAGCCAACGCCGCUCAAUCCGUUCGAACUCUACAGCCAGUCGUCCGGCGGAUCGCCGCUCGCGAUGUUCGAAGCCACGGGACGUGGCUACUGGCAAGAAGGAUACUGGGCGAAGAAGCUCGCCCAAACCAAGAAGCGGUUCCACACCGCGCGACUCCCGUUCCUCGUCGAUCUCGCGCAACUUCGCAAGACAAGCGGCGGAGACAAGCUACGAAUCCACUACCAACGACUGUCUGCCGACAUACACUCACUGGCACACGCCCACGAGGACCUGAUCAACGAUCUACAACUAGAGAUCCCGAUCGAAACCUUGACGGCCUUGCCCGAUGUCGUUAUCCACGACGAACUAUGA